AUGCCGCCCAGAUUGCACUUGCUCCGCAGAGCGGCGGUCUCAAUAUCGACGCAGCACUCAUACCAACCCAUCGCGCCCUUCCUGUACCCCUUUCUCCACCAGCAGCGCUCCGUCUCCAUCCUCAGCUCCCUGUCCGACAACAAGGGCGCCUACAACAAGCGCAUCCGCCGCGGUCGAGGUCCUGCGAGCGGCAAGGGAAAGACGUCCGGACGCGGUCACAAAGGCCAGAAGCAGCGUGGAAAGGUGCCGGUGGGGUUCAAUGGAGGACAGACGCCCGAGGAGGUGGUGCAUGGAAAACGCGGCUUCGAGAACCGGUUCGUGUCCGCGUCCGCCGUGGCUGCUGAACAAGGCUGGAUUUGUGCUAACGAGACCUCAUCAGUUUCUCGGUAGAGCUGUCGAAGAUCAAUCUCAACCGCAUUCAGCUGUGGAUCGACAAGGGCCGUCUUGACCCCCGAUAUCCCAUUACCCUCAAGGAGCUGGUCAGGUCGCAUUGUGUCAACCAAGUCAGAGAUGGCGGCGUCAAGCUCCUAGCGCGGGGGAAAGAGGAGCUGCGCACACCGAUCAACAUCAUCGUCUCGCGCGCCAGUGCAGAGGCCAUUGACACGGUGGAAAAGCUGGGUGGGACGGUCACGACGCGAUACUACACCAAAUUCGCCAUCGACAAGAUUCGUGCGGGAGAGAUGGAUCCCGUGUACAGUCUCCAAUCUCAAGUCAAGCUUUCAUCCCCAACUGCACAGCGCGCCGAGAAGGCGGUCAAGUCGCUGGAGCAGGUGAGGAAGCUAUAUCGAUACCGACUGCCAGACCCGUCCAGCAGGAAGGAUCUGGAAUACUACCGCGACUCUGCGCAUCGAGGCUACCUGAGCCAUUUGGUGGAGGAAGGCCAUGGGCCAAGUCUGUACUUCCGGACGCCGGGACUGCUCAAGAGAAAGAAGACGACGGGGAAUCAAUCGGCACAGCAAAAGGUCGACAACAGGAUCUGGUAG